GUUAAAAGCUCAAACAUUGACAUCCUGAAUAGUCACUGCCCGUGGAUUGAUAACUGCGUGGGCGCCAACAAUCUGCGCCAUUUUGUAUUAUACAUCACGUGUCUUGAAGCGGGUAUAAUUCUUUUCGUGCAGCUGACAUACUCCUGUAAGUAUCAACUCCUCUUCUUCUUCUCCGGAUCAAAGACUAACGGCUAGUACAGACAUCAAUGUCUUGCCAGCACCCGUCAACCCUACCUGUAAUGUCAUUAACGAUGCGCUAUGUGAUUUUGUACUUCGUGAUACAUUCACCCUCGUCCUUGAUGUGUGGGUCAUCAUUCAGCUGGUCUGGGUCACUAUGCUCUGUGCUGUUCAGCUUGUCCAAAUUUCGCGGAAUCAGACGACAUACGAAAACAUGAGGGGCCAUUCGAUUGACAGAAGCUACCCAAGCUCUCGUGCUUUUGCUUCGGCUUUGGCUGCAGGAACUACCUCACUCGAUGCUGCUGGCCUUUCCUCUGCUGGCCAGGGACCGAAUCCAGCUCUUGCCCAUGGCCACCGGCACCGGAGGGGCGGUUGUCUGAAGCAGUGGACUUCCCUUCUCGGCAUUGAUGCCUUCUUUGCGACAGCAAGGGAUGGGUUGCGAGAUGGUCCACGUGCUUCUCGGGCGAAGAACCCCUUCUCUCGAGGUGUAGUCACCAACUGCCGGGACUUCUGGUGCGAUCCGGCUCCAUGCUUUGGACAGCGGGAGGCGGGAUCUGGCAUGCUCGGUGGUGAAGCAAUCAACUACAACCAGAUGUACGAGAUGCCGUCACGUAUGCACAGCGGCGGAAGAUAUCGGAGCCUGGCAGACGAGGAUCCAGAACGGAAUGCAUAGAUGCGUUCUUGUGUCUUCGAUUGACUGACCAUUUAGGGUUCUCAAUAUGCCCUUCAGACGACCAAUAACUUCCGAGGAGAUGUUUCGAUCUUCUAUAUGCGAUCUAAUGAGUACCGGAUGAGCCCUUCCUUCUGAUGAUAUGUUUGACUGGAAUAGAUGGUCAUGGAUGGGGUUUU